UGAGACGCGUCAGAACACUAGCGCGACUUUUCGCGUAAAUUGAUCUGUCCCAUCUCCUUUGGGAAAGCGCUAUCAUCAUCAUCCAAACGCGUACCCAGAACCCUUCCAAUCACGUCGUACCUCAACCACCCAUUGUAACGCAACAGUCUGGGACAAUGGCGGCGACGGAAGAGAUGGUCGCGGGCGCUGGAUGGAUUUCUGAUGACUCGAGCUUUUACGGUGACGAAGAUGAACAAGAACACCAGCAGUCGCUCAGCAACCAAAACACACCAAAGGCAUUCUGGUCGUCCCACAGUAAGGAUUUGAAUGCUAUUAUAUCGCCGGCAAAGCUCCAGGCCAGCAGGGAAAGCGUCUCAGAUGUUGAUGCUACGCCGACCAAGAAGGUCAUGCCACUUACCACCUCGACACGUGCUAACAGACUCCUCGGUUUAUCUGGCCUUGACAGGAAAGCGAUGGAAGAAGAACGACUCGGCAGGUUAGACAAGGGAAAACGCAAGCGGGUCCAAUCACCAGAAGCAAUACCAUAUCGUGAGAUGUUCAAUCCUAUGGAGGGCCAGCCCUUCUCGUGGCAGCUGGGUGAAUCCGCUGAAGCGUUCGUCAAGCGCGUUUCGCCACUCACCACGUCAGCGGCGACGUGCGAGUGGAUUUGGGUAGCAAAUCCCUAUCGUGAUCCACGAGACAAGUCUGUGGCUCCUCGAGUUGCUGCAUUCAAAGACCGAGGCACAAAGCUGCUUGCCGAUUCGUUACAGAAGCGGACCGAGAUUGAAGAGAAAGGCCGGAUUGGCCCAAGGAGUACUGUCACACGAGCGUGGAACCAGGAGACUAAAACCCUCCAGCAAAGCUUGACCAAGUUGGCAGUUGAGACUGGUGUCUUAUCGGGAAAGUGGAUGCUGUUUCCUAAAGCUGAAGAAGUUACACGCACGUGGAGAAGCGUCGUUGAAGCUGUGAUAGCCGACCGUCUUGGACCGAUGGCUAAGGUAGCUCCCGAGGAUGGUAAAGAUGAGCGCUUGAUCUGCAUCUACACCAAGGACUUUAGAGAUGAAGAAGACGUGCUUCGCGUACUUCAGGAGCUCGAGGACAUGGAUCUCCUCCGUCACGGCCGGAGCAUCUACUACAAGUCUGAUGCCUUUACAUACCUGGACCUGUAUUCGGCAAGCGCCAACAAAUACGGACUGCAGGCAAGUCUAUAUGCUAGCCAGAAGAUGCUGGCUGCCGCUCGAACAGCUGCGCUGUCUGCGUCCCAGAGCACAGCCUCGCAGCAGGAACGGAAGAUACUCAAGAGCUUUUAUUAGCUGAAAAGUACGCGUCCCUCCAUGCGUGCCGGACAUGCAUCGCACUUCUCAAUUUCACAUAUUAUACGACGCAGCGUACGUAACACGAUUUGACCACGGCGAUUCCAGAGCUUUAUACCAUCGAAAUCACUGUCUUCUAUCGUUUGUUCUUAUCAUAGCAUGCGCGAUCGCCCUUAGCAUCAUGGUUUAUUGCAUAGGGGGCUUACUUCUGGCAGACCUAGGCAUCGCGAUAGGGCACGCUAUCCAAACUUGUCCUGCAUGGAAAGUCCAAGCGGCAGUUGCUUGUGAUUAUAACAAACGAGCC